UUGAUUUGCAAAGGGUGAGGCUUAUGGACCAUUGGAAAGUUUCAAAGGCUGUGAGUCAUACUGCUGAAGGCAGAACUUUUGAGCCAGGUUAUUUAUCUGAAGGCACAAGAUGCUGUUAUUUACAGCAGAGUGAACGGAGCAUCAAUCAGAAAAAGUCCCUUUUACAGAAAUACAGAAUCAAGAGAAAGACAGGAUGAGCACCGCUGGAAAAGUUAUUAAAUGCAAAGCAGCUGUACUAUGGGAACAGAAUAAACCCUUCUCCAUUGAGGAAAUAGAAGUUGCCCCACCAAAGGCUAAAGAAGUUCGCAUUAAGAUUUUGGCCACAGGAAUCUGUCGCACAGAUGACCACGUGAUGAAAGGAACAAUGGUGGCUAAGUUUCCAGUGAUUGUGGGACAUGAAGCAGCUGGGGUUGUAGAGAGCAUUGGGGAAGGAGUCACCACAGUGAAACCAGGUGAUAAAGUCAUCCCUCUCUUCGUGCCACAGUGUAGAGAAUGCAAUGCUUGCCGCAACCCAAAUGGCAACCUUUGCAUUAGGAGCGAUAUCACCGGUCGUGGAGUACUGGCUGAUGGCACUACCAGAUUUACAUGCAAGGGCAAACCAAUCUAUCACUUCGCAAACACCAGUACAUUUACUGAGUACACCGUGGUGGAUGAAUUUUCUGUUGCUAAAAUCGAUGAUGCCGCUCCUCUUGAGAAAGUCUGUUUAAUUGGCUGUGGAUUUUCCACGGGAUAUGGAGCUGCUGUUAAAACUGGCAAGGUUGGACCUGGUUCCACUUGUGUUGUCUUUGGCCUGGGAGGAGUUGGUCUAUCUGUCAUCGUGGGCUGCAAGUCAGCUGGUGCAUCCAGGAUCAUUGGGAUUGACAUCAACAAAGACAAAUUUGAGAAGGCCAUGGCUCUAGGAGCCACCGAGUGUAUCAGCCCCAAGGAUUUUACCAAGCCCAUCAGUGAGGUGCUGUCAGAAAUGACGGGCAACACUGUGGAGUACACUUUUGAAGUUAUUGGGCGUCUUGAAACCAUGAUCGAUGCCCUCGCAUCCUGCCAUGCGAACUAUGGGACCAGCGUGGUGGUCGGUGCUCCUCCGUCAGCCAAGCUGCUCACCUAUGACCCAAUGCUGCUCUUCACUGGACGCACAUGGAAGGGAUGCAUCUUUGGAGGUUGGAAAAGCAGAGAUGAUGUCCCAAAACUAGUGUCUGAUUUCCUGGAAAAGAAAUUUGACUUGGACCAGUUGAUAACUCAUGUUUUACCUUUCCAGAAAAUCAGUGAAGGAUUUGAACUGCUCUAUUCAGGGCAAAGCAUUCGAACUGUCCUGACAUUUUGAGAUCCUAAAUGGCGGAGGUCUGUGCCUGUGAUGGUGGCUUGGAGUUUCCCUUUUUACUGUCCCCUCCUUUGAGAUUGUGGGUCUGUCUCAGGAGUAUAAGCAGAAGUAGAUUUGGUGAAGACAGAAAACCUUUAUAAGUAAUUACAAACCUUUAUAAACAUUGAGUGCUAUGAACACCUAGGAAUUAGCAGGGGGCUUAAUAGCACUAUUAAAAAUUUUAACUUAAACUUUUUCUAAGGCCAUAAUUAUAUAUCUAAAAAACAUACACUUGGAUUUUUAUGUUAAAAAUAGAGAUUUUUUUUAAAAAGUUUUAACUAGCUGCUACCACUUAAAUCAGAUACGACUACGACAUAUAAAGAUAGGGUAUGUGUAUUCCUUAAGUAAUAUUCAUUUAACACAUUGUAACUAUUUUUUUUAGAUUUGAAUGUAAAUAUUUUUAAAAUACUUGUUAUAAAUUAACUUGAAUUAAGUUUUGAAAUCAGCUUAUUGCGUUAUAUACCUUAUUUGAUUAGAUUAAGAAAGAAAUAGGAAAAUGAAAGGGAAGGGCACAUUUUUCAAUGAUUAACUUUAAGAAUUAGUAUUAUAUAACUUGGUGAAACUGAAAAAGUAUAU